AUGUAUAAUAUAAAUGUAUCGCUGUUCAAAUCUAUCUAUCUAUCUAUCUAUCUUAGGAUGUUCAUAUCUAUCUAUCUGCCCACAUUCUAUAAAUUUUAUCUAAAUAUGAUUCUUACGAGUACGAUGUAUGGGUUUUCAUGUCCGUAUCUAUCUAUCUAUCUAUCUAUCUAUUUCCAUUUAGUUUUACUCAUACUAUCGAGAGAAUUAACUGUAUCCGCUUCUUUCUUUCUUUCUUUUUUUCUUUUUCUUUCUUUUUUUCUUUCUUUCUUUCUUUUUCUUCCAUCUUAUAUCCUUAUACCGCCAUCUUAUAUUUUCCAAUUCCUUUCUAUCUAUCUAUCUAUCUUAUUGUUUUUUUCUGUUUUUUUCAUUGUUUUUUUUCCUGUUUUUUCAUUGUCUAUCUUAUUCUUUCCAUAUCUAUCUAUCUAUCUAUCUAUCUAUCUAUCUAUCUAUCUAUCUGCACUCAACUUAUCCCCCGCCCUUCAUAUACAGAAUUCCUGUUCUAUGAAUGUCAAAUGCGUCACAUCUCCAUCCUUCAUAGAACACCUGUUCCAUGAGACCCAACUAUCCGCCACCCCUUCUAUACAGAAUUCCUGUUCUAUGAGAGUCAAAUGCCACAUAUCCCAAUCUUUCAUAGAACACCUGUUCUAUGAGACUCAACUUAUCCCCCGCCCUUCAUAUACAGAAUUCUGUUCUAUGAAUGUCAAAUGCGUCACAUCUCCAUCCUUCAUAGAACACCUGUUCCAUGAGACCCAACUAUCCGCCACCCCCUUCUAUACAGAAUUCCUGUUCUAUGAGAAACACCUGUUCCAUGAGACCCAACUAUCCGCCACCCCUUCUUCUAUACAGAAUUCCUGUUCUAUGAGAGUCAAAUGCCACAUAUCCCAAUCUUUCAUAGAACACCUGUUCUAUGAGACUCAACUUAUCCCCCCUGCCCUUCAUAUACAGAAUUCCUGUUCUAUGAAUAACACCUGUUCUAUGAGACUCAACUUAUCCCCCGCCCUUCAUAUACAGAAUUCCUGUUCUAUGAAUGUCAAAUGCGUCACAUCUCCAUCCUUCACAGAACACCUGUUCCAUGAGACCCAACUAUCCGCCACCCUUCUAUACAGAAUUCUGUUCUAUGAGAAACACCUGUUCUAUGAGACUCAACUUAGCCCCGCCCUUCAUAUACAGAAUUCCUGUUCUAUGAAUGUCAAAUGCGUCACAUCUCCAUCCUUCACAGAACACCUGUUCCUUGAGACCCAACUAUCCGCUACCCCUUCUAUACAGAAUUCCUGUUCUAUGAGAGUCAAAUGCCGCAUAUCCCAAUCUUUCAUAGAACACCUGUUCUAUGAGACUCAACUUAUCCCCCCGCCCUUCAUAUACAGAAUUCUGUUCUAUGAAUGUCAAAUGCGUCACAUCUCCAUCCUUCAUAGAACACCUGUUCCAUGA